ACAUGAUAAAAUGGCGACUGCCAUUAACAAAUUCGAGUAAAUUAUAUGGUAUAUAGCUGUGUUGUUUAGUAGUUUUUUUUUUGACAAUUACGCGAUAAUUCAAUUAUUUCUUCUAAUUUAUAGCAUAUUAAUCAUGGCAGUUUCAAUCAAUGAAAUUUGUGAAAAUACUAAACUGGCUCGUGAAAUGGCUUUAACUGGGAAUUAUGAUACAUCUGGAGUUUAUUACCAAGGUGUUGUCCAACAAAUUCAUCGGUUACUUGCAAGCAUUGCAGAUGCUACACGGAAAGCUAAAUGGCAGCUUGUACAACAUCAAAUUGUUCAAGAAUUUGAGAAAGUAAAAGCAACUUCAAAUACUUUGCAACUUUUUAAAGUUGAUACGCAUGGAGAAAGAUUAUUAGGUAGUUCGUGCUUGUCAUUUGAAGAACCUACAAGAGAUCCAACUCUGUGGACAUAUAAUAAUUCAGACAGUUCAUGGAAUCAAACACCAGCAAGAGAUCCAGAUGUAUGGCCUCCUUUAACACCUGCUGAACAGAAAAACGUUCGACCAUUAAAAAAUCAACCAAAACAACAAAAUCGAAUAAGUGUACGAAGAUCUGUAACUACUGGGAAAAGGCCAGAUGCCAAAAUUGCCAAAAAGGAUGAUAGAAAAGCACCAAGGAAAGAUGAUGCAAAUAAAGAAAAAUUGGAAACUGAAAAAGUAGAUGUAGAAGUAGAGGAACGGAAAUUUGAACCAUCUGGAAAUGAUAGAGAUUUGGUUGAUUUAUUAGAAAGAGAUAUUGUUCAAAAAAAUCCAAAUAUUCAUUGGGAUGAUAUAGCUGACCUACAUGAAGCAAAACGAUUGUUAGAAGAAGCUGUUGUUCUUCCAAUGUGGAUGCCAGAUUUCUUUAAAGGAAUUCGUCGUCCUUGGAAAGGUGUACUUAUGGUUGGUCCACCAGGAACUGGAAAAACAAUGCUAGCGAAAGCAGUAGCUACUGAAUGUGGAACAACAUUUUUUAAUGUAUCAUCUUCCACAUUAACUUCGAAAUAUAGGGGAGAAUCAGAAAAACUUGUUCGUCUUCUUUUUGAAAUGGCCAGAUUUUAUGCACCUAGCACAAUCUUCAUUGAUGAAAUUGAUUCUCUAUGCUCUAGAAGAGGCUCUGAGUCUGAACAUGAAGCUUCACGACGAGUAAAAUCUGAACUUUUAGUCCAAAUGGAUGGUAUAAGUUCUAAUAGCGAAGAUCCAAGUAAAGUUGUAAUGGUAUUAGCAGCAACAAACUUUCCGUGGGAUAUUGAUGAAGCUCUUCGAAGACGGUUAGAGAAACGUAUUUAUAUUCCAUUACCAAAUCAUGAAGGUAGAGAAGCGCUGUUGAAAAUUAACCUGCGCGAAGUAAAAGUGGAUUCAUCUGUAAAUUUAGCGGAUAUUGCAAGAAAAUUAGAAGGUUACUCUGGAGCAGAUAUUACAAAUGUUUGCAGAGAUGCGUCUAUGAUGUCAAUGCGGAAAAAAAUAGCAGGUUUAAAACCUGAUCAAAUUAGACAAUUACCGAAAGAAGAACUGGAUUUACCCGUAUCUGCUGCAGAUUUUGAUGAAGCUGUUGAAAGAUGUAAUAAGAGCGUUUCUCAAGAAGAUUUAGAAAAAUAUGAAAAAUGGAUGAGUGAAUUUGGCUCAUCUUGAUAUCAUUCUACCCAAAAGAUAUAAUUUCGCAAAAGGUUACUUAUUUAGGUGAAGAGUGUUUAAAUUUUUUAUUUAUAAUUAUUAAUAACCAGAAUAUAGUAAUUGCAUCAUAUUUAUCAGUACUAUAUUAAUCGAUUUUUUCAUAAUUUUCUAAAAACUAUACGAUUUUAUAAUAUAUUAUCCGAAGAAAAUUGCGUAAAGUAUGUAAUACUAUAAAAUAACUCUUUUAUGGAAUAAUGCAAUUUAAUAUUGUGUUAUUAUCAGUUGAAUUAUUAAACUAAAAUAGAAAAGAUAACAUUAAAGUGCUUUUAUAAUCCAUAGAUUUUUAUUAUUUUUAUAGUCUGAGUCAGUCAUUGU